CCAGGGACCUUCCUUCAUCAAUAAAAAAAACAAAUCGUGCCCCCAAAAGAAUUGCAGCCGCCGCCUUCUAAUGGCUUGCUCGCCCCGAUCGAUCCUUCUAUCACCUCCGCCGCCAUUAUAAUGUCCCUGACAUCUCACGUAGCCGUCUCCAACGUUCUCUGCACCUUGCGCCGCUGCCAGUCUUCCUCUGGAUCCAAGGGCUCCCCCGUGCACUACCUUAGGUCUGAUCACGUCGGCCCUAGCUUCAACUACUGCACUGGCCGUGGAUGUGUUGUUCUCUACGUCUCCAUCGCAUCCAAAGAUCCUAUCACGAUUCACGAUAAGAAGGCUAAGCUCCUAGAUCCCGUCUGUCGCAAAAUUAGAUAUGAGAUUGAUAUGAACUCGAUUGCUGGGUUCAUAAUUCACGACCUCGCUUCACGCGCUCAGGCUGCCAUACAUGAAUUUCUCGAGAUAGCAGGCCACGCAUUCCCAGUCAACCAGCGCAGUCUGCAGGAGAAGGAACGGAGCACUUUUAUUAUCACCACCAUGGACUUAAGUUGGUGCAUGGCGACCAUACUGUUCUUGGCCGCCAGUUCCAUACGGAGAAUCACAAACGAUGGCGGUUGGAGCAUCGAAAGAACAACAGGGGAGAUAUUCCAGGACUCCUCUUGGACUAUCGGUAUCCAUGGCUUCAUGCGCAAGGACGUUGGCUGGGCUGUAUUGAUACAUGCCUACACGAGAAUGGUUGGUGAAGUACAGUGCUAAAAAAAGUUUGCGGGAAAAGUACAAUGCUAAUUGCUUCACCUAUAAUCCUAUUUGCAGAAAGCGUACAUGUCCUGUCUGUGUUAUUUUCCUAUUAUGCGACCAUCAUUAUGUAUAUCCAGAUUUGAUUGGGCAAAGUAUGUCAUGGUAUUUGGAGGAUAAGAGUGUUAUUA